AUGGAUUGCAAAACAGAAAAAGCAGUUCCAAUGUUUAUUAAGCCAGAAGAUUUACAUUUGUAUAAAUCUUUUAAAUUUGUUGAUGUACGCAAUCCUAACGUCUAUGCUGAAGGUCACUUGAAAAAUGCUGUUAAUGUACAUGAUAUAUUCACAUACUUAUUGCCUACAUCGGCAGAAAAUGCUCUUAAUCAGAUGGAAAACUAUUUUAAAAAUCGAUUUAGUGAAUUAGGAAUAACUGGAAAGGAGCACAUAAUUAUUUAUGAAAAUAGCAUGAACAGUCAGUAUGGUGCAUCAUGUCGAGGAUUCUUCAUAUUUAAGUAUAUGAAACAUCCCAAAGUUUCAACACUCGAAGGUGGCUUAGAGGCAUUGCUGCUUACAGAAGGUGGUGCACAACAAAUAACAAAGGAGCUGCCAACAAUCAUACCAUGUCAGUAUGAAGGACAAGAUGAUAAUGUCACCGAUGGCCUAAUGGCCAAUCGUGAUGAUGUUUUGCAAAUCAUCCAUAAUAAACUGCCACGAACAUGGUUAUUAGAUGUACGAGAUGCAAUUGAAUGGAAUGGUCUGUCGUCAAGUCCAUAUGGCGUUCACUUCACACCUCGAAAAGGAAGAAUCCCAGAUUCAAUCUGGAUUGAAUGGUACAAAUUCCAUGAGUUGGACAGUGACAAACGUGUAGUUAAAUCAACAUCAAAUGAACAAAUUCAAGCUCUAUUGAAAGAAAAAGGCAUUCAAAGCAAUGAUGAAAUCAUUGUGUAUUGUUUUAAAGGUUCAAGAGCAGCUGUAGCACUGAUGAAAAUGAAACAAGCUGGAUAUACUAAUGUUAAAAAUUACUUUGCAUCAUGGAAUGAAUGGUCUCGGGACCCACAACUACCAAUCGAUGAUAGAAUAUUUGUGGAUACCCAAGCAUAA